AAAGGACAGACGGGCACGAACAGUUGCUGUAGGAAGGACACAGCGAUGGCGGCGUGCAUACGCCUCGGGCGCGGCGCUCUGACAUUAAUAACAUAUAAUAAAUUACUUUCGCAGAGUAAAUUAGUGACGCAGAGUAAAUAUGUAUUGACCUCGAGCUUCAGAUGUGUGUUUCAGUCUCCGUCAGUUUGUGGUGUCACCCCUCUGAAUGUUCAGAUGCCGGCGCUCUCACCAACCAUGGAGGAAGGAAACAUUGUCAAAUGGCUGAAGAAGGAAGGUGACGAAGUUGCGGCUGGAGACGCUCUCUGUGAAAUUGAGACUGAUAAGGCCAUGGUGGUCUUGGAGUCCAAUGAUGACGGAGUCCUCGCCAAAAUCCUUGUGCAGGAUGGCAGCCAAGGUGUGCGUUUGGGAACUCCCAUCGCUCUGAUGGUUGCUGAAGGUGAAGACUGGAAACAGGUUGAAAUCCCGCCCCUUGACCCCGUAAGACCAGCUUCGGCCCCACCUACUGCAGAAGUCCCGGCCCCUCCUGUGGCCUCGACGCGUCCACCUGGAGCUUCAGCACUGCAGCCGUUGCGUUUGAGUCCGGCUGCCAGACACAUUUUGGACACGCAUGGUUUGGACCCUCAUCUGGUGAAGGCUACAGGCCCACGUGGUCUCACCACUAAAGAAGAUGUUCUGAAGCUGUUGAAUCAGAGGGAUAAAGUCCCAUCAGGCCCCUCUGCUCCAGUCACAGCUGCCCCAACGCCCUCUCCACCUGGUGUCCCCACCACCGGCCGCCCCUCAUACCCACCCGUCUCUGUGCCCGGAAAACCUGGAGCUCCGGGCACGUUCACAGAGAUACCGGCCUCUAACGUCAGAAGAGUCAUCGCUCAGAGACUCACACAGUCUAAGAGCACCAUCCCUCACUCCUACGCUUCAGUGGAAUGUGAUCUCGGCGCUGUCAUGAAGCUCAGAAAACAGCUGGCCAAAGGUUUUGAAGCGGCUGAAACGCCAGGCACUAUAGACUUCUGUACUGAUUUCAGUCAUGUACAGGAGAACAUCAAGGUGUCAGUCAAUGAUUUCAUCAUCAAAGCCGUUGCUGUUACACUCAGAGAGAUGCCUGAGGUGAAUGUGACUUGGUCUGCUGAAGGACCUCAGGCUCUUGACUCUAUCCACAUCUCCAUCGCCGUGGCAACACAGCGUGGCCUCAUCACCCCCAUCAUCAAAGAUGCUGCUAACAAAGGCCUUCAGGAGAUUGCAGCCACUGCAAAGGCUCUGGCUCAGAAAGCACGGGAUGGCAAACUGUUACCAGAGGAGUAUCAGGGAGGGUCAUUCAGUAUCUCUAACCUGGGCAUGUUUGGCAUCAGUGGGUUCAGUGCUGUAAUAAAUCCUCCUCAAGCGUGCAUUUUAGCAGUGGGUGGCACCAGAGCCGAACUGAGGUUGACACCUCAGAACCAGGACAGCUUGACUCCCGUUCUCUGCACCCAACAGCUCAUGACCACCACUUUAUCCAGUGACAGACGGCUAGUAGAUGAUGAUCUUGCCUCACGCUUUCUGGAGAAAUUUCGUGCAAACCUCGAGCGGCCUCAGCAUACGAGUCUACCAUAGAAACAGGAAAACUAUAGAAGCAACACUGAAGGGCUUAGGGUGAAAUAUUCGGAUUUACUGUCCGUAUUUGACAUGAAGUUGUACAUAGUUAUAAAGUUAUUCCAGUUGAGAGAAGCACUUCUCUUUUAAUUCAUGGGACAAUGAAUAACUUUCACUGCAUACUGUACCAUAACAGCUUUUUCUUAUUGGAUAGAGUUCAGUUUCUUAAGCAAAAUUAAAUCUACUGAUAAUUCAAUUCCAUAAUGCCAUCUUAUUUCUGUCUUGAUGCUGCCUUGUUUGCUUUGGCUGACAGUCAAUAAACUUAUCUUCUGCUGUU